AGCAGGCCUCAUUUUUGUCACGUGGUUGUUGUUUUUCUUUCGGGCCAACGUCAUGUCACUGUGGAAAUCAGGCGUCAGCGCGAACACGUUACCAGCACUUCGUCAUUUACUAGGUUAUAGUUGGGCGGUAGCUCAAACAGUGGAUUUUAAAGGUUGCCGGUCACCUUGACACGACGAUAUAAAAGCUCUGGUUCAUGGACAGGAGGAGUGUAGAGCUAAAGUUCCUUUGGAUGGAAUGAACCCUUGGCUCAUAAAAGGAUGAGUCACUAUUGGUGUCUCAGUGGCUGUCUUAAAUUAAACAGAAAGUUUUAUUCAUGGCGCCCCUGCAAAUUAGCAUCCACCCCAUUUCUCUUCUCAGGAACCUUGCACUGUUCACUCCAUGUCCCGCAUCCUCGUUGUGUGAAGGCGGUCCCUCUGAGCCAGAAGCACAUCCUUCACCUGAGGCUCCAAGCUCAGAAAGCAUGGCUCAGCAGGGCUAACCAGGUCGUGAGACAGAAGCUUGGGCUUCACACCGGCGGCCUGCGUUUGAACACUUCAGCAUCGCGUUGGUCCACGGGCUUCAGCCAACACAUGUCCCGAGUGAAGAACACGUUGGUCACAGUUUCCAAAGCUGUGACGCAAAUGGACCUUCUCUCUAAGAUCGCCCGCCUCAAAACAAACAAGAGUGGCAAAAAUGUCAAGUCGAUUUCUGAUUUGGAAGUAAUGGAAAUCACGCCAAUUUCUCCGGCUGCUACCGAGCUUCCAGUGACCACAUCACCUUGUCCUUCUAGUCGGACCUCUGUGGCUGCACUAGAUCAAGGGUCCACGGCUUCCUUGCCUUUGCAGCCCCCUAACACCUCGCAACUGACACCCACUGCUGCUGUUGUGACUAUGCGGGACGUUAAGGAGAAAAAACCGAGCCGUAUCGCCUCUACCGUCAAGCCCAAGGAGCCUGAGCCGCCAUCUGGCGAGAACGGAUGUCUGUCUUCUCAACAACCCCCUGCACUUUUUCACCCCAGCACAUUUUCAGUCAACCUGGAUGAAACCUACAAUUACCUAGCCCACCACAUCAAUUCCUACUUUGGCAGCAGUGCACAGAAAAAAGAUGUGGAGAACCAUGUUGAUGUAUUAUUUAAACACUCCCCUCAGGCUCUAGAAACAAGUGACCCCGUGUGCAAUAAACCAGGCAGCGCUCCUCCUCCUGCAUCUGCAGCACCCAAGAAAGGGUUCGGUCACUACCUGUCAUAUUCUGCUCCCACCGUCCAAGCUUUUGUGGGCAGCUACAUCGCUCCCUUGGUCCCCAAGUUCAGAACAGGGGAGGCCAAAAGCACCACAGAUGACGUAAACAAACCGGCGGAUGUGCCGGUGAAGCAGGUGGAGGUGGCUGUCAGUGCAGUGCAGAAGGUGGAAGAGGAGAAGGCCAAGAAACUUCUGGUCCAAAGGGAAAAGAUCAUCGCCAGGGUAAGCGUGGACAAUCGAACUCGGGCGCUGGUUCAAGCGCUCCACAGGGCCACCGACGUGAAGGUCUACAUCAGCAGGGUGGAGGACCUCAGCUACCACCUGCUGGAGUUUCCUGAGACUUGUGGCGUCGCAGUCAAGGAGAAGGUAAUCCCCUGUUUGCUGCGUCUGCAGCAGGCCACUGACCCUGGAUUGAGGGAAGCUGUCAGAGAAGCUCUUACUCUGGUGGGCUACCAUAAGCCCGUAAAAGGCCGCGGCAUACGCCUCCUGUCCAUAGAUGGGGGAGGGUUAAGGGGACUUCUUGCCGCUCAGACUUUGCACAAGUUGGAGGCCCUGACCGGCAAACCCAUUUACAAACUCUUUGAUUAUAUUUGUGGUGUCAGUACAGGUGCAAUACUGGGAUUCCUGCUGGGAAUUUUCCAGCUCCCGCCAGGCGAGUGCGACGAACUUUACCGCAAAUUGGGCUCGGAUGUUUUCAAGCAGAAUGUGAUCGUCGGGACAGUGAAGAUGGGCUGGAGUCACGCUUUCUACGACAGCGAAGCCUGGGAGAGCAUGUUGAAAGAGAAAAUGGGCUCACACCUUCUAGUGGAGACUUCUCGAAACCCCGAAUGUCCCAAAGUGGCAGCAGUGAGCGCCAUCGUGAACCGAGGCACUCCUCUGAAGGCCUACGUGUUCAGGAACUACAACCUGCUGCCGGGGGUGCGCUCCCACUACCUUGGGGGCUGUCAGCACCACCUCUGGCAGGCCAUCCGCGCCACGUCGGCAGCCCCCGGGUACUUCCAAGAGUUCCGCUUGGGGAAUGAUCUCCAUCAGGACGGAGGUUUGCUCAUCAACAACCCCACAGCGCUGGCCAUCAACGAGUGCAAGUGCCUCUGGCCCAACACGCCAUUGGAGUGCGUGGUUUCGGUCGGCACCGGCCGCUUCGAAACGGCGAGCAAGAGCAACAGUGGCACCUACACGAGCCUCAAAACCAAAAUCAACAAUGUCAUCAGCAGUGCCACUGACACUGAGGAGGUCCACGCAAUGUUGGACGGCUUCCUGCCCGGAGACACGUACUUCCGCUUCAACCCGUACGUGAGCGAGGACGUCGCCAUCGACGAAAACCGCCAGGACAAGCUGAACCUGCUGCAGGCCGAGGGCUUCCGCUACCUGGAAAGGAACGAGGAAAAGCUGCGGAAGGCGGCCCGCAUCCUCACCCGAGAAAAGGGCUCCGCGCAGAGGUUGACAGAGUGGGUCAGCGCCAGGGCCGACAUGUACAACUCUUUGAACUCCUUUAAGUUUUAGCCACAGCAAAAAAAACAACACACCUUUUACCUCACAUGGAGACUUUUUUUUUUCCCUUCUAUUAUACUUGGAACCUCAUGUUUUGUCAAUAAUUUUCUUGGGUAAUAGAAUCACACACCACACCUCAUAGGACUGCAUGCCUGCAUCAGUAUUUUUUAAUUGGUUUAUUUUUGUUUCAAAAACUGCUGUUGAACUGGACGGCACCACUUCAAACAAAUGGGAACUUUUUUCCUCUAAAAUGUGAAGUUUCCAGAUUCUUUUACCUUCUGUGAGCACUUUUUUGGAACAAUUUUCUGCCUGAUAUAGAGUUAUUUUUAGGUGGAUGACAAUGUUUGCUUGUGGGUUUUUUUUUUCGUUUUAUUUCAAAUCUUAUUUGUUUUGUAAAUGCAAGAGGCAUCGAACAAUUGGGCAUUUGAUUGGAAGAAGGGAGUCUGGGUCAAUACCGGCCCAAUCAUCACUAUGUGUUCACGCCACUGAAGACAACACUGUAAAAUGAUUAAGGUAAAACUGAAAAUGUAAAGAACUCCAGUCAAAGAAGUUAUUAAUUUAAGUAACUCAUCAAGUGAUAUUAGUGUAAUUUGUACAAAAUGCAGCUAAUGGGUGAUUGAAGUUAUUGAAAAUGAGCUACGAAUGAUGUUUGCCCACUGAGAGGUGUGUAAGUACGGUGUAGUUAACAUUUCAAGAUUUGAAUGUGCAUGUAAACACUUGUAUAAAUAGCCAGAGUGGACCUCGCAGAUGUUCCUUUUAUGACGUUGUUUAAGCCAAUGAACUAAUUCCGAUUGCUUGCCUGAAUGCGCGACACUGUCACUUCUCACCUCAGAUCUGUUUUGAGCGUCCUGACUCACACAGGUACUGUAUCGUUGAUGUGCCAGCGAAUCCUCGAGGACCAGUCACGAGAUGGAUGGACAGGUACUUAUCGACACCGUAAUUCCACCGUUGCUUUGUAACGAUAAUUCCACGGUCCGUAUGUCAGUGAUUAAAACUCAUCACCACCGGA